GCUCUGCGAAGCCUGAUUACUAACAGAUAUAACCUGCCUGCAAAAUACAUUGAUGGCAUUGAGGUUGUAGAAAACUCUAUCUUCGUAGAUCUGAAACAGAAUUCUUCAGAGAAACAAGCUCACGAUGUGGACAUUGCCGAUGUUGGUUACUACAUGGAGAAAGAUAUCAAAGGUGAUCCAAUCAUUACUUCAGAUGUGCCAUUUCAAUUCAUGGUCAAUGGCAAGAACUUUGCUGUAAAAGAGCCUGUGAUCCUCUACAUUGAUGAGAAGCCCCAUGAAAUCAGCAUGAAGCAUCUGACCCCGGGUGUGAUUGCAGUCAUUGUGGUGGUGGUCGUGGCAAUUGUUGCAGGAAUAAUAGUCUUGGUUCUGACCAGGAGAAAGAGAGGCCGCUAUGAAAAGGCUGAAAUGAAGGAGAUGAAUGAAAUGCAAAAAGAACUCAACUCGUAG